UUAUUAAUGUAUUAUCUAUGGACCUUGUGACACGAUCUACACGUGUGGUUUUAUGUAUUUCAAAAAAAAUGUAAAAUAAUACUGUCUACUGAUGAUAAUUAUUGUGAAUCAGACAGAUCUUUGAAUAUGCAAAACAUUUAGUUUGAUUAAAAUGGAGCAAAUAUUGAAAAAAGUCCGCAAUGUGGACCCGAACAACAGUGAGGAAAUAAAAGAAGCCCUCUCUAGCUUCUUUCAGUGCCUAUCGAAGUACAAAGAACUUCAUUCCCAUAGAUUACUGCGAGAAUUACAAAUCGUAAUCGACCGAUUUCCCAAGUACUGUAUGUCUCACAGGAACAAUGUAGAGACAUAUCUGAUUAAUUUUCUAAGCUCAAACAAUUACUUCAAUGUAAUAGAGGCAGCUAAAUGUGCGCAUGGAUUGCAGCAGGUGCGACCAACACAAGAGAAGUCGGCAACUCCUAAAACAAGUUGGAGGGAUCAGAUGAGUGAUCUCUGCAAUGCAGUGCACACCCUUAUUGGAUCUGUUUAUACUGAGAUACUGUUUACAGUGGAGGUGAAUAGGAACAAUUUGAAGCCUCCAAAACCUGCGUCUACUCCUAUGGCUACAGCACUAGCAGAUAUUGCAAGGAAAUUGAAAAAUGUUACAGACAAACAACUAGUACUGCAUCUGAGGCUAAAGAAUGUACUCAUUUUCAUUCAAGCCAUGUUGGUGGAAGUUUACCCCUUUGCAAAACCAGUACAACCUCAAACAAUACUGGAUGUAAUAGUGCGACUGCUGAGUGUGACCAGUGGAACCAAGCAAUAUGAUAAGGAUAUUUGUACUAUUAAAAUACAAGCUCUCAGAACAUUGGACGCUCUUAUUGUAUGCCUGGGUUCAAAUCUGAUUCCAUACUCACCCCUAGUGUUCAGACUAGUGUUACAGACACUGCGAUGGAGUUCAGACAACCUCACUGAUGACACCAGUAAAGUACGCUGCACAGCGUACAAUAGUCUGAGCAACUGGCUAACCACACUGCACUCGCACCGGAUACCCCACGCCGCCCACGCGUGGGAAGACGAUCUUGUACAUUAUGUCAUCACAGAUAUCACACCUGUCAAGAAAGUGGUGCAACUCACUAUGGGUCCGCAACCAACGCGGCAUCUCAGCAAGAAAGCGAAAAGGAAGCUAGUGACCACUCAACUGCAAGAAAGCACCUUGGCUGCCUACGCACCGGGUGAAAAUAACAAGAUAUCUGUGUCUGAGGAGGUAAACAAUGAAGUAUCAAUAGCGGCUCUAGAAUGUGCUGAAACAUUCCUCACAGUUUGUGGUCGAUUCCUCAAACCGGCUACGCACAAGCUUUUCCAAGAGUGCCUAGUACGGGAAUGUUACAACUACCCUGCAUACGCGGAUGAGUAUUUACUUGGCUUGCUACGGGCGCUGGAGGCGACGCGCAAAACUACGCCCAAUAGCGUACCCCCCACCACACAGUACUGCUUACACUUGUACAGCUUACUGCUCAACAGUCGACGCGCUGAGAUAUCGAAGUUCUGUUCUCAAGCAUUGCUGGACAUAAGGCUCCAUCUACACUGUUCACCUACAUCCCUCAACUUCGCCCUCGACGUGCCGCAGGAAACUGGAAAAACCAUUAACAAGAGGAAAAAGGUGUCUGAUAGAAAUCGGGCUAUGUUGGAAUCUUUGCUAGGGGCUGACAAGUUACCAUCGGUCGACGAUGACGACGAUGUUAUAUCAAUACCCGAUGAACCGUCAAGUAAGAAGCCACGUCUAAAAUCAGAUGAAACAGACCAAAUAAGUCUAAGCAGUGACUCGGAGAGCUCAGUUGAGGAAGUAUGUGAUGAUUCAGAAUACGAUAACGUACAGGAAGUCGAAGUGGUUGUCGAAAUAAAUACAAGUAAUAAAAGUAAUGAUAUAGAACCUAUGAUAGUGACUGAUGAACAAGAAAAUGAAAUAAAUAAUGAAGAAUCAUCUGAUGAACUAGAAACUGUACUCAUUAUACAUGAAACUACUGAAGAACCAAACACUGAACUAGGUAACCAAGAAAUGCUCAAUCAAGAAACUGAACUAAAAGAGACUAAUGAAAUAGUAAAUGGGAACAAAGAUGAAAAUGAGAUAGGUUGUGCAGAAAACGUGAUAAAAGAGACAGAAAUAGUUAGAAAACUAGAAAAUGAGCCUAUUUACGAAGCGCAGACUCAAUUACCUACGAGCACUUCAUCUGAUACAAUCCAAGAAGAAAGACCUUCAUCAUCGGAAAUUGGUUAUGACUUCUCAAGUAAGAAUGUAGAAAAAAUAGAUGAUGAAAUCCUUCCCAGUUCAAAUGACACCGACGAUAUUCAAAUAACUUGCGGGCAAGUUGUAAGGAGUUCACAAGAAAGUGAAGUAGAAAAGAUAUCUACUGCAACAGAACUUAAAAUCGAUGAAAUACCUAAAGUUAAUGGUAUAGAUGAAGCUAUAAUUGAAAAUGAUGUUGUGAACAUAACAAUUGAGACUGUAGAAAACCUUAAAAUUGUUGAAGAUCCGUCCAAAGCUGAUGGAACGACUGUCGAAGAUAUGUUAGCCGAUUUUGUAGAUGAAGUAAACGAUGAACCUGUAGAAGCUUAAUUUGUCCUUGCUUAAAAGCAUUUAUAACCAUUAAUAUAUUAUUACGCAUAGUGCCAAGAAUUAUAGAUGCAUUUUUUAAUAUUAAAUAAAUAAUAACUGAUUGACUUAAA